CGUAGGAUUAAUAACAUUUUGAUAAAAUAUGGAAAAUCAAUGUUUGUAGAAUAUCUUGUUUGAUGUAAAUAUAUUUUUUGUUGUCAUACUCAAAAGCAAAAUGCUACGAUACUGAUAUCACACAUUAAAUCGUUACUUGGAUCAGAAGUAUUCUUAUGAAACUAGGAUAAUAUUUCCUUGUAUUGUACCGAAAUUGCAGUUUGUAAGUGAUGAAAACUUUAAGGCUUAUUAUGUAAUUCUUGACUACAAUACUGAUAACUUAUCGAAGUAUCCAUUGAUCGACAUUCUAAUGAGCGAAAUCUGACAUACAAGGAACAAACUGAUAAUUGUAUUUAUUUAUCUACCAAAAAGAAGAGUUUUGUUUAUUAACUCUAAGAUAACAAUUUCAACUCUGUUUGAAUGUGAAAUUCAAUUUCUUGUGAAUUUAUUUCAUAUCAAAUAAUUCAUCACAGUUUAUAUAACCUGGAAAAUAAGUUACUUUUGAUAGUAUUAAUUUUUAUUUUCUUCAAUCAAAAAUUAAAAUAUGAAAUCAGUAAGAAAGAAUAAAACUUUUUUUUUAACUAUUUACAAAAAAGAAUCUUGUUUGUAUUAAAAUUUUCAUCUGAUCUAAAUACUAUUUCAGUUCGAAUUCAUAAAAAGAACAUAUCGAAGUCAAUAUAAUCGAUGCAUUCUUCUGAGUAUUGCUAGCAAACAAUAAAGGAUUCUCUGUAUUUGAAGAGAAUGUGACACAAAACGAAUAUUAAUUAACACAAAAGAUUUUUUUUAUUGAAGCAUUCUUUCAGUAUAAUUUCGUACUAAUAAGUUGUCUAUUUGGACAGUAUUUCGAACGAAUUGAUGAAGAGGUGUGCUUUUGAUCUAGUUUUAAAAAUACUAGAAAAUGAGAGAAAAAAAGAAAAAGAAAAAGAAAAAGAAAGAAACCUUGUUAGUCGUCUUUAUUGAAAAUAGGUGUUUUUUCUUCGAAAUAAUCGAAAACUGAAUAAUUAGAAUAUUGAUUUUUUUUUCUUGUGUAUUCAUAAUUCUAUAAAUUCCAAGACAAACUAUCUUCUUGCAUUAGUAUACGACCAACAAUUGUACUAUUAAAGUGAGAUCAACAGCUUAAUCACAUUACUCUAUUGAGAUCGGAGUCAUUUGAUCCAUAAACAAGAAAGUCUUUCAUUCAUCACUGUCUGCUAUACAUAGUUUAAGUGAUCUUUAUUCAACAAUGUCGCUUGAAGCAAUCUCUCAUAACCUAAAUUCAUCAUCAUCGAAUAAUGAUUCAACACAAUCAUCAACAACUUUAAAGUAAGACUUAUUUUGAAACAAGUUUUCUUUACGAAAUAUAUUUUCUUAAAUUAACAAGGUUUGCAACUCACUCUGGAGAAUAUUGUAAUAGCAAACGAACAAAAAUAAUUAUUAUCAGUAUUACAACUCUAUUGAUAUUCGUGAUUCUUAUAAUGAUAGUUAUGAUGAUUUUUCUUCGGAAUUCACAGAAUGCAACAGAUAAAUCAACAUUAUCAAUAACAGAAGACAAUGUCAAUUCAUAUUCUAGUAAGAAUAUUACUUGCUCGACAUUUUAUGAAAGAUAAAAGAGAAUUUUUCAUUCAAUCUCUCUAGUUAAAAGACUAUGAGAACAUAGUUCUAUAUUGAACAAAUACAUUUUCUAAAUAAUAUUGUAAUUCAUUGAUUUAAUUGAUAAUGUUUAGGCACAACAAUAUCAACAAUCUAUGAUGUUGGUCAAGGUGGUGCGAGUAGUGAGCCACCUUGUUCAUCGUACACAGUUGUCAACGAUCCAUCGCGCAACAUAGCUACAUACGGAAUGGGUGGUUCAUGUGAUAAUGGUCUCUUAUUUAAUACAAGUAUUGAUGGUAGAUGGAUUCGAUUUAUGGGUACAGGAGGUACUAUAAUACCACUCACAUCACCAGAAAUAAAUCAUUGUGGUGCUUAUCUAGCAGGAUGGUUUAAUGGCACAUUACCAUCAAUUGUAGGAACAAUAGUUAGUGGGGACGUAUGUUUCAACACAUAUAGCAUAACUGGUGCCUUCGUUUCCUCUGUUUCAGUUGUCAAUUGUGGUAGUUUUUAUGUUUAUUUUUUACCACCAGUGGAAGUGUGUAAUUCACGUUAUUGCACUAUAUGA